GUCCAAGAAUCGAAUUAAAUUUAUGAUAUCGUAUAAUAUUCGCAAUCCAGUAUUGUAACGACUCGCGCAGAUGAUAGUAGAGGCACUUGAUUAUUGUAUUAUAUUGCUCAGUGAAUGUAUCGUAGGUAGCGCUGUCGGACAAACGACGGAUUUUGCAAAAAUGAGUAUAUUUAGUGAAUGCUCGACAGAAUCAAAAGCAACCUACAAAUGGACGAUUCCGAACUUUCGCUCGGCCUGUCAACAAACGGGAGAAAAAUUGAGCUCCGCGAUCAUUUCGAUUGCAAAUACAAAUUGGCUGCUCGAUUUGUACCCCAGAGGAAUCAGCGAAGAGUACAGUCAGUAUAUGUCGCUUUAUUUGAGACUAAAAAGUGGCCGACAGGCCAGAAUUAAGUUUCAGCUGUCGAUUCUUGAUCGCAAUAAGAGGCAUUACGCAGCGUUCGAAGGCACGUAUAAGUAUCAGAAGACAACCAGCCUCGUUUGCGGCAAAAGUGAUUUCAUCAAGCAAAAGGAAUUGAAACGCUAUAAAAGUUUACUUCUGCCCAAUGACACACUGACGAUUUGUUGUGAAAUAUCGCCCGAAUUCACUGCCAAAGAGAAAGGAUCAAGGGGCAGUAGGAAACGCAAAAGAUCGCGUUGCGAAUCGGAGCCCGAGUCCGACAAUGCGGAUGGCAACAUGUACGAAAUGUACUUUGAUAACAAGCAGUAUAGCGACGUUAUAUUCCUCAGCUCAGACAGCAAAUGUAUAAAUGCUCACAAAGUAGUUUUGAUCAGUAAGAGCGACGUGUUCGCAAAUCUGUUCUCGAUGGAUAUACCGGUUCUAUCGCCGGACAUUGUCAAUGUCAAAGACAUCGAUUACGAGGUUUUAUACGAAGCGAUUCGAUUCGUUUAUACGGGCAAAUUGAAUAUCAUUGAAAAAUACGCCAUGAAACUUUUGAAUCUAGCAGAUAGAUUCAAGCUCGUCGGUUUGAAAAUACGGUGCGAACAAUUCUUAAGCAACAAUCUGUCUGUUGCGAAUGCAGUCGAGCUGUAUUUAACGGCGGAAGAUUACGAUCUUACUGAUUUGAAGAAAGAAGUUAAGCACUUUAUCGCUUUGAAUAUAAGAGAUUUUAUUGAUUUGCCUGACUUUCAGAAACUGAGCAAAUUGUAUCCGAAAGUUGUUGUCGAAAUUGUUCAACUAACAAUGAUCAAACUGCCAAGAUCGUACGUAAAUACGUUCGUUACUUGGUCGCGUUCCACAACCGAAUUUUCCGAUUCACAAAUGUCAGCUGUCAAAAGUAAAUUAACGACAGUUAAUCACAGCAAAAAUAUGAGUUCAGAAGUGCGAGGAAAAGCGCUGUGUAUGCAAUCGUGCUACAGGUGGGACUUGUCGGCUUCGAUUCUUGAAAGCAAAAGGGUCGGUGAGAAGAUUAUUUCUCCAGUGAUUCCAAUUCAUUACUACGACUUCCAGAUUGAGCUGUACCCCAAAGGCGUCAGCAAAAAAUUCAAAAAGUACAUGUCAAUUUUUUUGAAACUAUUGAGUGGAUACAUAAAAGUAAAAUUCAAUCUGUCGAUCUUGAAUACCCACAACAAGAAACGCGCGCUACUCGAGUGCAGCGAAGUAUUUGACGUUCACACUGGAUUCGUUCACGGUGCCGCGGACUUUAUCCAACAAAAUGAAUUGUUGAACGACGAUUUAUUCACAGACAAUGGUGUGUUGAGAAUUUGGUGUGAAGUCAGCUUUGGUAUUGCUUUUUACGAGAUGCCAGUGUUCGACAAUGGUUCGUCAAGAAAGAGGCCACGUCUUCAAUCAAGCGAGUCUUCGUUGAACUCGUCUUCAAGUAUCGCGAACUGCAAUCCUUUCGAAAAAUAUUUCGACAACGAUCAACGUAGCGACGUUCAAUUUAUUUUUUCGGAUGGCAGAUGUAUUCACGCUCAUAUGAUGAUUUUGGAGCACAAGACUGAGGCUUUCUCGAACUUGUUUCAAGAGGAUGUAUCAGUUUCAUCGCCGGGUAUCGUCAACAUGAAGGACAUCGAAUAUGAAGUCAUGUACGAGGUGCUUCGAUUCAUCUACACCGACAAAGUAGAAAAUCUCGACGGUUUUGCCUUGAAGUUAUUAGAACCAGCAAUGAGAUUUAUGCUCGACGAUUUAAAAGCACUUUGCGAGAAGCAUCUAACCGAGAAAUUGUCGGUCGAGGACGUAAUCGAUUUGUUGAUUUUGGCGGAAGAUUGCCAUCUUUGCAUACUGAAAAAGGAAGCAAAACAGUUUAUUGCUGCUAAUAUAAGGGAAAUUGUUCACCUACCACAAUUUGAGACUGUAAUCACUGAACGUCCGGACGUCGCUCUUCAAAUUAUCCGCUGCAAUAUUAGUAAGCAGUCCGUCCAUGAUCCCAUAAACGGUCAAUGGAAACAUUUGAAUUAGGCUUUAUAAAUAAAUUGUAAUUACACAUUAUUUUUGACUGGUGUAUGUGUUGUUGACACGUGUUGCACUUAUUAAUUCUACUUCGGCUUAUUGUUUGUAAUGUUUGUAUUUGAGCCAUAUCAUAUUGUUGUCGAAUAUUUUGUCAUUUAUAAAUAUAUUAAAGUAUAUAUA